AUGUCUGUCUCAGACUUUGGCGUGGUCGCCAUUGUUAUCCCAAACCCUGAGUACGAUAAUUCUAAUGGCGCCCGGAUAGUCACGGAUGCCUAUGGCUUUUCACUGAGAGCCUCUGGUGUUAUACGCACCCUAUUGGCCAACAAUCCCCAGAGAUGGAACGUUAUACAGGGCCUACUCUACUAUCCCCAGCUUCCAACCGAUACACCAUGUACCAAUGCAACCCAGUCUCUUGCACCAGCCAACGUGACAACCCGCGCGAAUAUACCCCUCGGAAACUAUCCAAUAAUUGCAGUCGCACCAUGGACCGAGCCUGCUUGCGUACAAUCCUACCUGGAAGUCAUCCGCUUCGACAACGCCCGAGGCGCCAUCUUUUUCCAUCCAGACAACGAAAGCAACCAGCCUCCGCCUGUCAAUGAUGCCUCGUGGUCGCUUAACGAUGGAGGCCAGUGGAAAUCCGCCAAUCAAUUCCCCAUCUAUGGCCUUCCGGGGAUGCUUGGGGCUUACCUUCUCGGUGAGUUAGGACAAUACUCUGGAAACAUGUCCUCCGCUCCAUUCGGUGAGGAGCUCGUACAGUUAUACAAUCCCAACGACACAGUCAGAUUGUACACAAGGAUGGACAUCAGUCAGUCCAGCGGUAUCCCGUCACUUUGGGUUUUCUUGAUUAUUGUACUGGCCAUUCUGCUCGCGGUGGUUCUAGUGACCUCUGUCUUGAUGCACUGUGUGCAACGCAGGCAACGCCGCGCACUACAACGUCGUGUCGCGAAUGGCGAAGUGGACCUCGAAGCCCUAGGCAUCAAGAGGCUCAAUGUGCCCCAGGACCUUUUGGAUAAGAUGCCACAGUAUCUCUUCACUCCCAAAGCUGAAGGGACAACUGUUGAGGCAGGAGAAACUGAAAAUACUGUCAAGCCAGAGCCGAAUGACACCACUGCUGGCGUUUCAUCCGCACCAAGAGAAGUUCAGUUCACGCAGUCAACAUGUCCGAUAUGUCUUGAUGACUUCGUAAACGGUGAAACAACCGUUCGAGAGCUUCCCUGCAACCACAUCUUCCAUCCUGAAUGCAUUGAUCCGUUCCUUCGCGAUAAUAGCUCAUUAUGUCCGAUGUGCAAGAAAUCAGCGCUUCCUGCAGGAUAUUGUCCUGUUAUUGUGACUAAUUUGAUGGUUCGGAGGGAACGACUGGUCAGACGAAUGCGGGAGCGACGAAUAGCUCAGGCCCUUCCUCCAGAAUCCAACCCCAGCAGCUCGCCUACGCCGCUUGCCGCAAUUCGCAGUACCGUACGAAGAAUGUCCACUGCCCCUAACAGGCUCGCCCAAAAUGGGAGCGCUAGUGGGGCGCACGGGGUAGCAUCCGCACUACAGCCUGUAGGACGCCGACCCACCCAAGAUGAGUUGGAGGAGAUGCCUGCAGAAGUGCGGUCACAAGGCAUAUCUGCCAGGAGAGCCUGGCGGCGAGAACGACUUGCACGCCAACAAGUGCAAUCUUACGACCAACAGGCUAACGAAGCACGAACUGCCGACAUUUCAAGACCUUUAUGUGAGUUUUGUCCGGCAUAA